AUGACCAUCAACCCUACCUACCUUGCGCAGCGCACGCGCUCCUCUGUCAACUGGGGUGAUGCCAGAUUUCGUGUCCUCAAGUCUUACCGGGAAUGGCUGAGAGCGUCCCCGGAGAUCCAGACCAUGUACUCCUUGAACAUCCCCGUGUCCGCCAUCCGCACCAAGAUCCGCCAGGAGUUCGAGAAGCACCGAUACGUGAAGCAGCUUGGCGUUGUCGACGUGCUGCUGUUCCAGAGCCACUCCGAGUUCCAGGAAACCCUCAACUUCUGGAAGCAGCUGUCACAUGUGAUGAAGUACUUCCGGCCAGAGGAGGAGCCCGGUGCCCGUCUACCCCCCAACUUCAUCUCGGGCUUCUUGGAAGGCCGCAACUAA